AUGACAUGUGCACUUGGUCAUCGUCUCGAGAUUGAAAGAGAGAGCAUUUGGUGGACGCAUGAUCCCUUCUCACCUCACGUGAAUUCUGCAAGCUUCAACGUGAUUAGGAUGAUUGGUGACGAGAAGUGGGUUGGCAUGAUGGCAUUAUACUUUAAUACUAGGAAAGUAGAUCAAGCAUAUAUUGUCGCUGGGGAAUUCGUACAUGCUGGUACUUUUGUUGAUAUCGAGACAUUCAAGACAGCGACUGCGCUACUGAAGAAACUAUCAUCAGGUUCAAGUGAUGACAAGAAGAAGACCUCUUGGCUCCGACCAUUCAGAUUUCUAUGUGUCAGGCUGUGUUACUUUAUAAUAAGUAGUGUUGGAUUUCAAAGUAUGGCUCAGGAUCAUCACACGCCGCAUCGUGCCGCACGACUUCUUGAUGAUUGCGGAGACAUAAUCAUCACUUAA